AUGAUGUAUACUUCGGCCUCCACGCCUUACGACAGUUGGAGUUUCCCCCAGCAGUCUGUUCUGGAGCCCAUGGCUGAUCAGCAUAUGGCGGCACUUGUGUACAGCACGUGGCCUACGACUACGCUCGCGUCGCCGCAGUACCCGAACCAACAAGCAUUUCCCAACGCCCCAUACCAAUGCUCGCCGCCAUUGACGCCUUUGAGCCACCCGUACAAGUACGACGCCUUGCGAACGGUGACACCUUAUGUCGAGGCUGCUAGUGGUAUGCCGUGCCGUCGCACAUCACAACAGUCUAGUGAGAACCCCACGCGGUCCCGACCCCUGCGGAGUGAGUCCUUGGCUGUACACUCCGUCGGCUCGAACCCCAAUACCAAUUCCAAGACGAUCAUCUACAACGAGACCGUCAACUCUAAGGAUCGAGUAAGCUUUGAGACCGAAGUAGACGAACUCCUGAAGGUCAUUCAGCAAAAAGAGGAAGAGGUGAUAAAGAGUUCGGUAUUUACGCACGCAGAGUCUGCAAACACUGGGUCGAUUUCGGGGACGCAGAGCCCUGGCAGCUCUUGCCAGCCUUUGACUCCUGGACAGAUGGGACCCACAAACAAGAAGAAGUGGGUUUGCGACGGCCCGAAGUGCAACAAGCGAUUCGACUGCAAAACUCACCUCGAUACUCAUCGUCGAACUCACACCGGAGACAAGCCAUAUGUAUGUACGGAGCAGAAUUGCGGCCUCACAUUCUCGCAGAAGAGCAACCUUAAGACACAUAUGCGUCGGCAUACCGGCGUGAAGCCAUAUGCUUGCAGCACCUGUGGCAAGCUCUUCGGCAGCCGCUGCGAUGUCCGGUCUCAUGAAAAAACACAUACGGGUCUUAAGCCCUUCGUUUGCAGACUCAACAACUGCAACGAGAGGUUUUCUCAGCUCGGAAGCAUGAAGAUCCAUCAGAAUAAGUUCCACAAGGAGACGCUGCAGGGCUUGACCUCCCUGUUCGUUAAGUUUUCUCUCAAAAGUGAAGUGCCAGAGGAGUAUCAGGAGCUGUUUGAGUACUUCAGUGUUCAUUACAAGAACAGUAACAAAGGUAUCAAAGGCCGCGGCAAAGGCCGAUGGGUUGCACCGAAGGGCGGCCUUUGA